CCAGGAAGUAGCAGACAGCGGUUAGUUUCGCUAACCUUAACCUUAAACUAACCUUAAACUAACCCUAAACUAACCUUAAACUAACCCUACCCACCUGUCAGUUUGAUCAGUGCGUUGUUAAAAAGGACAAACGUGACAUUCGAACUCGGAUCCUUCUGGAUGUUGAGCGUUCGGACUCUGCUCGGCUUCCUGGUGACCUCGAGAGCCGCCGCCGCCUUCUCUGGGACAUGUUCACCGUCUGCAGCAGCUAACGUUCAUCAGAAGGACUGUUUCAGGAGCAGAGCAGCGUCCAGCAUGGCCCAGACGGUCAAAUACCUCGGGCAGGAGGAGGCUCAGCACAUCGAUGAGGAGCUCUUCUCUGAGUAUGGAUUCAGCGUGGAUCAGCUGAUGGAGCUGGCGGGACUCAGCUGUGCGACGGCCGUCACUCGGGCGUAUCCACUCACGUCUCUGGUGAAGUCCAGACCUUCUCUCCUGGUGAUCUGUGGACCAGGAAACAAUGGAGGAGAUGGCCUGGUCUGUGCAAGACACCUCAAACUGUUUGGCUAUGAACCCACCAUCUUGUACCCGAAGAGGCCCAACAAGCCGCUGUUCCAGGGUUUGACCACACAGUGCCAGAAGAUGGAGAUUCCCUUCUUGACGGAGAUGCCGGAGGCUGAAGUGGUGGAUGAAGCUUAUAACCUGGUGGUCGACGCCAUCUUUGGCUUCAGCUUUAAAGGAGCCGUACGAGAACCAUUUGGAUCCAUUCUGGACGUUCUGAAGAAAACCACCGUCCCCGUGGCCAGCAUCGACAUCCCCUCAGGUUGGGACGUGGAGCAGGGCAGCGCUGAUGGACUGCAGCCCGACAUGCUCGUAUCGCUCACAGCUCCCAAGAAGUCGGCCUCCAUGUUCAGAGGUCGGUACCACUUCCUGGGAGGCCGCUUCGUUCCGCCCGGCUUGGAGAAGAAGUAUGAGCUGAACCUGCCUCAGUAUCCAGGGACAGACUGUGUGCUGCAGCUGUAGGAGGAACCUGGAAAACACCUGCAAAAACACCCAAAAAACACCCAAAAUACACCCAAAAAACACCCAGAAAAUACCUGCAAAAACAAACUGACCUGCUACAUAACAAUAUAUCAGGUUAGCUUAGCCUGCAAAAUGGAAAACGUGGAUAAACGACUAGCGUAGCGCUCUCAUAGCAACAGUAAGAUUUUUACUGUUGAAUUCAAUCAUUUUCUUAAUAAAUGCAGCCUCAUCAAUCAAUAAAUGAUCAAUAUUUGAAAUACAAAUAGAAUUUCUCUUCUGGUGUUUUUGUUUAAAGCCACAUCUAAAUAUGAAGCUACAGUUUAGCUUAGCAUGAACACUGGAAGCAGUUAGCCUGAUUUUCCUGAACAAAGCUAUGCUGUUUCCUCCUGCUUGCAGCCUUUAAGCUAAGCUAACCUUAGCAUGAACACUGGAAGAGUGGGAAGCAUUUAGCCUCACUCUGUGCUGAUAUUAGGAUUUUCUUGGACAGAGCUAUGCUGUUUCGGCCUGCUUGCAAUUUUUAAGCUAAGCUAACCUAGCAUCUAGUUAGCUUAGCAUGAACAGCCAGUUAGCUUAGCAUGAACACUGGGAAAACAGGAAGCAGUUAGGCGGUCUGUGCUUGUAUGCAGAUUUUCCUGGGCAGAGCUACACUGUUUCCUCCUGCUUGCAGUCUUUAUGCUAAGCUACCCUAGCAGCCAGUUAGCUUAGCAUGAACACAGGAAGAAUGGGAAGCAGUUAGCCUUACUGUGCUGAUUUGAAGAUUUUCUUGGACAGAGCUAUGCUGUUUCCUUCUGCUUGCAAUUUUUAAGUUAAGCUAACCUAGCAUCUAACUAGCUUAACAUGAACAGCCAGUUAGCUUGAACACUGGAAGAAGGGGAAACAGUUAGCCUCAGUCGCUGCUAGUCUACAGAUUUUCCUGGACAGCGCUACACUGUUUCCUUCUGCUUGCCCUCUUUAAGCUAAGCUAACUUCCUGCUGGACGUAGCUUUAAAUUUAGCGUAUAAACAUGAGAGCGCCAACACUGCCCUCAUCCCACUUUUGGAAAGAAAUUCACUAAAACACCAUUAAAUCUUGAAAGCUGGUUAUUUGAGGGCAAGAUACUCACGCUGCUGAGAGUUUUCUUCAUGUGAGCGAAUGAAAAUAUGAAAAUAAAAAGUUAAUACUGCUCAUUAA